AUUCUUCGCUCUGGAAAUCAAGAAGCUGGUGCAAAGUUUGCUCAAAUGUUAGUUGUCGAGAGCGAAAAUGGUGAGCCUCUGGCAGAUCUCAACCAGAUUAUCGACUGCUUCAUGGAGGUGCAAGCCGUCCAGCCAUGCACAUCAUUCCUCCUUGAAGUGCUUAAAGGUGAUAAGCCAGAAGAAGGCCAUUUGCAAACAAGAUUGCUUGAAAUGAAUCUCCUUGCUGCUCCACAGGUUGCCGAUGCAAUCCUUGGAAACAAGAUGUUCAGUCAUUAUGACCGGCCACAAAUCGGACAACUUUGUGAGAAGGCAGGGCUUUUGCAGCGAGCUCUAGAGCACUUCACUGAUCUUUACGACAUCAAGCGUACUGUAGUACAUACCACUCAUUUCAAACCUGAUUGGUUAGUUAACUACUUCGGCUCAUUAUCUGUCGAUGACUCCCUCGAGUGUCUGAAAGCUAUGCUCACUCAGAACAUCCGCCAAAACCUACAGGUUGUUGUGCAAAUUGCAUCGAAGUAUCACGAGCAGCUCGGCACCGAUAAACUUAUUGAUAUGUUCGAGACACACAAAAGCUAUGAGGGGCUGUUCUAUUUCCUUGGGUCGAUCGUCAACUUCAGUCAGGAUCCCGAAGUGCACUUCAAGUACAUUCAGGCAGCAACACGUACGGGACAGAUCAAGGAAGUGGAGCGCAUUUGCCGCGAGUCUAACUGUUACGAUGCAGAACGUGUCAAGAACUUCCUCAAGGAGGCUAAGCUCGCCGACCAGCUGCCUCUCAUUAUCGUUUGCGACCGUCAUGAUAUGGUUCAUGAUCUUGUGUUGUAUCUUUACAGAAAUCAGCUCCAGAAAUAUAUUGAGGUGUUUGUGCAAAAGGUUAACGCUGCUCGUCUCCCUAUUGUGGUAGGCGGAUUGCUUGAUGUGGAUUGUUCAGAGGAUGCGAUCAAGCAGCUGAUUUUGAACACUCGUGGCAAGUUUGACAUUGAUGAACUUGUGGCUGAGGUUGAGAAGAGGAACAGGCUGAAGUUGCUGUCACACUGGCUUGAGACUCGUGUCCAAGAAGGGGCCACUGAUGCUGCCACACACAAUGCGAUGGCAAAGAUUUACAUAGAUUCUAAUAACAAUCCAGAUAGAUUUCUCAGAGAGAACCCAUAUUAUGACAGCCGAGUGGUUGGAAAGUACUGCGAGAAGCGCGAUCCGCACUUUGCCUUCCUCGCUUAUGAGCGUGGACAAUGUGAUGCUGAGUUGAUUGCUGUUUGCAAUGAAAACUCCUUGUUCAAGAAUCUUGCUCGAUAUCUUGUACGAAGACGUGAUUAUGGACUUUGGGAGCAAGUUCUGAAUGAGGAGAAUCAGUAUAGAAGGCAGUUGAUUGAUCAAGUUGUUCAAACUGCCCUGUCUGAAACCCAAGACCCCGAAGACAUAUCAGCGACCGUGAAAGCGUUCAUGGCAGCCGACCUACCAAAUGAGCUGAUAGAAUUGUUGGAAAAGAUUGUUCUGGACAACUCUGCAUUCUCAGAGCAUCGUAACCUUCAGAAUCUGCUCAUCCUGACUGCAAUGAGGGCUGAUCGUUCGCGUGUAAUGGAGUACAUUCAAAAACUGGACAACUACGAUGCGCCUGACAUUGCAAAUAUCGCAAUUUCUAGCGAAUUGUAUGAGGAAGCUUUUGCUAUCUUCAAAAAGUUCGAAGUGAACAACAGCGCAAUCAAUGUGAGGCAAUUGAAGCUUUGCUUUUUCUUCUGCAAGUUUUAUUUCUCUUAUCUGUGCAUUGUAUAG